AUGUCGCUUGAAGAGUUCAUCUCUGAUGAUUCCUAUGGUGGUUCUUGGGCAGAUGACGAGAUAGACAUUGCUUCUAUUUCGGUGCCUAUUGAGAAGAACAAAGGUAUGGGAGGUUCUGAUGGUUCUGGAGGCAUCUUCGGUGCUGGAGGUUAUGGCCGGUCGAGGAACUACGGGACAGACCAGGGCCCUCCUUAUAUCGUGAAACUUCUCCACCUUCCCGUGUCUUGUGAUGAUGUUUUUGUCAAGGACUUGUUCACCUCGAGAUUUAUGCUGUUUGUGAAGUUCAAGAUUGUUUACGACCCGGUUUCUAAUCCUUUGGAAACUGGCGUUGUUAAAAAGAGUGCAUUCGUUGAGCUUCACUCCUUCAGUGACCAGAACAGAGUGGUGAACUGGCAAGACUUGUACUAUAAAGGUAACCGACGGGUCAUUAUCGAACAUGCCGACUUUUCGGAUUUCCAAAAUUGCAUGAAGUUCAAUCAAGAACACGACAGAGAUCUACGUCGUACUGAGCGUGAAUUUCUCGCCAGUAAGACGAGAGGGAGCUUCGAAGGCCGCCGUUCCUCCCACAGCGGACAUAUUCCUGGGCUUGGUGUUUUAGGUGAACUUGAGGAUCUACAGCAUCAUGGACGAGAUAAUCUGCGAUUUGGCGGUUCUGGCCGUAGGAGCUCUUUCGGUGUUCCUGGCAACAAUGGCCCACCCCAUCCAAAACCACUAUCUCGUUUCACUUCAUCACACACAGCCACACCCCAAACUAUAGAUCCUUCUCACGAGACCCCAGCAUUAGGGCCUCCAAAGCCUAAGUCCAAUCCUUUUGGAAACGCCAAGCCUGUCGAUAUAUUGGCCAGAGAGCAUGAGCUUGAUAAGAAAAUCGUGAAUAUCGAUCAGAAUACUAUCACAGCACUUAGCUCCGACUCCGAUGAUACUAUCAAAGGAAAGAAUGUCAAAAAGAAAGAGCUCGAAAGGCUAAGCAGUCCUGAAGCCUUGGCUUUAGAGACGACUAGUGCUCCCGAGAUCUCAACAAAGGAAAAGAUUAGCGACACGGAAGCAGACGAAGGUACAAAGCUGGAGCCAAUUGAAGCACCAUCACGCAAACCAAAGGCUAACGACGCUCUGAAAGAAAAGUCCGAGAAGCCAGUGGAGGAAAGCAAAUCACAGGCGCCAGUGGAGCGUUCGAGAGAGAAUCUGAGAAGAAGGAAAUCGCUGAGAGGUAAGAGAGGUUCAGUCGGUGACGUUACAGAGAAGACGGAGAAAACUGAGGAAGCCGAAGAGAAGAUCCACAAAGAACAGCAUCAUUUGGCUGAAAGAAACAAAUCAUUCUCAUCUCAGCAACGUCCUGACUUCAAGAAGCACUUCAUUGAAAUGACGCUGGGCCUGGAAGAAAGACCACCACUGCGUGGCAGCGGCGGCAGAGGAAGAGGACGUGGUGGAAGAGGUGGCUUCGAGUCUGGAAGAAGGAACAGCCACAGGAAAAGAUCUACUGACGGAAAUUAUGAGAGAAGGAACUCGUUAAAGGCUGAUGAAACAGCCAAGGAAGAUGGUAAGGUAGUUGAGGGGGAAGAAAAAGCCGCCGCUGGAGACGUCCCACAGAACUCAUCCAAGUCGAAGGAUGAUAAGCCUGUUGAUGGGCAAGAGGAGCCACCAGCUGAUGAAAAGAAUGGGCGUGCUAACUCAAGAGGUCGUGGUAGAGGAAGAGGCCGUGGAGGCCGUGGUUUUAGAGGGAACUCAAGAGGCAGAGGCAGAGGAGGUCCAGGUAGAAGGUCUGACGGAGGGGAGUCGAAGGAUUCUUCUUCUCAAGAUGUCAGCAAACCACCACCUGCUCCUGCUCCAGCCGAUAGCCAGCCAGCGGCCAGUGCAUGA